CAAGCUGUAGGAUGGCAGGGACUGGUAUGCUGUGGCAGCUAGUGCUGCUGUCCCUUUUGGGGACUGUUGGGUCUAAUACUGACACCUCCUGCUCGGGUCUCUGUGGACAGAGGCCAUUGAUCAACAGCAUUGGCCAUCGGGUCGUUGGGGGCAUGAAUGCACGCCCAGGGGCGUGGCCCUGGAUAAUUAGUGUGCAGAUCGUGUAUUGGAAUGGCAGGUACAGGCACCACAUGUGUGGGGGCUCUCUCAUAGCUCCGUCCUGGGUUCUCACUGCUGCCCACUGCUUCAGUAAAAAUGAAAGUGACCUUAACAAAUGGCGAUUUGUGGCUGGUGCAUGGGAGAUUCAGCACGGGUGGAAUUAUGGCCCUAUAGACCCCAAAAUGCAGGAGCGAAAGCCCAUCAAGAUUAUACCACAUGAACGUUACCAUAGAGCCUUUCAGGAAAAUGACAUUGCACUAGUCCAGCUGGAUAGUCCGAUCCGGUGUGGGGAUGUGAUCCGUAUCGCCUGUCUGCCUCGACCUAGCGAGGGCCCUAUCAAGACGACGGAGAAGUGCGCCGUUGCUGGCUGGGGCUACACGAGGGAAGGCGGCUCCUCACCGCGGAUACUGCAGGAAGCCAUGGUUAACAUGAUAGAUACUAAGAUCUGCAAUGGAAGCCGCUGGUAUUACGGGUACAUUCACCGACACAACCUUUGUGCUGGCUACCAAGAGGGGAAGAUCGACACUUGCCAGGGGGACAGUGGGGGGCCGCUCAUGUGCAGAGACAAAGACACCGGCAUCUACGUGGUACACGGCGUCACGAGCUGGGGGACCGGCUGCGCCCGGGCCUUCCGGCCGGGCAUCUACACAUCCACCUGGCACUUUCUGGACUGGAUCGCGUCCAAGAUCGGGCCCGGCUCGGUCAUCUCCGACCUACCUCCUCGGACCACGACCCCGCCCCCCCCCACCACCACGAUCGCCCCCCCUCCCCUUCCCACCAACAUUCCCACCACUGCGGUAACUCAACGGCCCUGGAGCUGGAUCCCCACUAACAGACCCUGGGAAUACAAGCCCUGGUCCUACUUCUUUAUCAGGACCACCACCACCCGAGGCUGGGUCACCCGUUACAAGCCCUGGAAGAGGAGUUCCUCCAACAGUUGGUCUCCGAGCUUCCAGCCCUUAGCAGGCCCCCUGCCCACUGGCCCAUCCAUGUACACAGCUCUCCGGCCCUGGAUCUCCAAUCCGGUGAUGGUCAAGUCCCAAGCUGUGGGCCCCGGUCAGCCCGUCUCUCUCUCCUUCCCCAAGCGCUUGAAGUUGCUCAUGGAAUCCAUGAAGAGCAGCAGAUCCACAUAAUGCUCUGUCUGGAGAGAGCUCUCCAUGCGCAGGCCUGGUGCCCGGCUGCCGCCUGGGCCCUCUGCCCUCCACCCCCCGGGGAACAGGUCAAUAAAGUUGUAUAUGAAGCUG